AUGGACUGGAAAGGGUCUGCGGGCGGCGCGUGUGCUGCCGCUGCGCGGCCGGUGACAGGGGUUUGCCAUAAAAUGGGCCUUCUGACUGUACUCACUGGACUAUGGCUGUUUUCCUCAGUAAAGGCAGAUUCAAAAGCCAUUACAACCUCUCUUACAACAAAAUGGUUUUCCACUCCGUUGUUGUUAGAAACCAGGAAGAAAGUAGGAGUUAGUCAUCCAGGUACUGAUUAUUCCUAUUAUCAUGCAGUAUUGGAAGUUGCAUUUCAGUUUCUGUCACGACUACAGCAGAAUCUGUUGAAAUUUUGUCUGUCUCUUCACUCCUACUCAGCGACAAUUCAAGCCUUCCAGCAGAUAGCAGCUGAUGAACCUCCACCAGAAGGAUGUAGUUCGUUUUUUUCAGUGCAUGGAAAGAGGACUUGUGAUUUUGAUACCCUUGAGACUCUUCUACUAACAGCUUCUGAAAGACCAAAACCUUUAUUGUUCAAAGGAGAUCACAGAUAUCCCUCAUCUAAUCCUGAAAGCUCAGUGGUUAUUUUCUACUCUGAGAUUGGCUCUGAGGAGUUUUAUAAGUUUCACCGACAACUUGUAUCAAAAAGCAGUGCAGGCAAAAUCAAUUACGUAUUCAGACAUUAUAUAUCUAAUCCCAGGAAGGAGCCUGUUUACCUCUCUGGCUAUGGUGUGGAGUUGGCCAUUAAGAGCACUGAGUACAAGGCCAAGGAUGAUACUCAGGUGAAAGCAACUGAAGUUAACACCACAGUGAUUGGUGAAAAUGAUCCUAUUGAUGAAGUUCAAGGAUUUCUCUUUGGAAGAUUAAGAGACCUGCACCCUGACCUGAAGGGACAGUUGAAAGAACUCAGAAAGCAUCUCGUUGAGAGCACCAAUGAAAUGGCACCUUUAAAAGUUUGGCAAUUGCAAGAUCUAAGUUUUCAGACUGCUGCCCGAAUCUUGGCUGCUCCUAUUGAGUUAGCUCUGGUGAUUAUGAAGGAUCUUAGUCAAAAUUUUCCUACCAAAGCCAGAGCAAUAACAAAAACAGCCGUGAGUACAGAACUUAGAACCGAAGUGGAAGAGAAUCAGAAGUAUUUCAAGGGAACUUUAGGGUUACAGCCUGGAGAUUCAGCACUGUUCAUCAAUGGGCUUCAUAUUGAUUUAGAGACGCAGGAUAUAUUCAGUCUGUUUGAUAUAUUGAGGAAUGAAGCUCGGGUGAUGGAGGGUCUGCAUAGAUUGGGAAUAGAAGGACUUUCUCUGCAUAAUGUUUUGAAACUGAACAUCCAGCCCUCUGAGGCCGACUAUGCUGUAGACAUCAGGAGCCCUGCUAUUUCGUGGAUCAACAACCUGGAGGUUGAUAGCAGAUAUAAUUCAUGGCCUUCUAGUCUACAGGAGUUGCUUCGCCCCACUUUUCCUGGUGUUAUCCGACAGAUCAGGAAGAACUUGCACAACAUGGUUUUCAUAGUUGAUCCUGCUCAUGAGAGCACUGCAGAGUUGAUUAACACAGCUGAGAUGUUCCUCAGUAAUCAUAUACCACUAAGACUUGGUUUCAUCUUUGUGGUUAAUGACUCUGAAGAUGUUGAUGGGAUGCAGGAUGCUGGAGUGGCUAUUCUGAGAGCGUAUAAUUAUGUUGCCCAAGAAGUGGAUGAUUAUCAUGCCUUCCAAACUCUGACACACGUAUAUAACAAAGUAAGGACUGGAGAAAAAGUUAAAGUUGAACAUGUGGUCAGUGUCCUGGAGAAGAAAUAUCCAUAUGUGGAAGUGAAUAGCAUCUUGGGGAUUGACUCUGCUUAUGAUCAGAAUCGGAAGGAAGCAAGAGGCUACUAUGAGCAGACUGGAGUUGGUCCACUGCCUGUUGUCCUGUUCAAUGGAAUGCCCUUUGAAAAGGAGCAGCUGGACCCUGAUGAGUUGGAAACCAUCACAAUGCACAAAAUCCUGGAGACUACAACCUUCUUUCAAAGAGCAGUGUACUUGGGUGAACUGUCCCAUGAUCAAGAUGUGGUAGAAUAUAUCAUGAAUCAGCCAAAUGUUGUUCCACGAAUCAACUCUAGGAUUUUGACAGCUGAGCGAGAAUACCUGGAUUUAACAGCAACAAAUAACUUUUUUGUGGAUGAUUAUGCUAGAUUUACCAUCUUGGAUUCCCAAGGCAAGACUGCUGCUAUAGCCAAUAGUAUGAAUUAUCUGACCAAGAAAGGAAUGUCCUCCAAGGAAAUCUAUGAUGAUUCUUUUAUUAGGCCAGUGACUUUUUGGAUUGUUGGGGAUUUUGAUAGCCCUCCUGGAAGGCAAUUAUUGUAUGAUGCUAUUAAACAUCAGAAAUCCAGUAACAAUGUUAGAGUAAGCAUGAUCAAUAAUCCUAGUGAAGAUAUAAGUUAUGAGAAGACUCAGGUCUCCAGAGCAAUCUGGGCAGCUCUCCAAACACAGACCUCCAACUCUGCUAAGAACUUCAUCACAAAAAUGGCCAAGGAGGAGACUGCAGAGGUGCUGGCUGCAGGAGCUGACAUUGGGGAGUUCUCCGUUGGGGGCAUGGAUUUCAGUCUUUUUAAAGAGGUCUUUGAGUCUUCCAAAAUGGAUUUCAUUUUGUCUCAUGCCAUGUACUGCAGGGAUGUUCUGAAGCUGAAGAAGGGACAGAGGGCAGUGAUCAGCAAUGGAAGGAUCAUUGGGCCACUGGAGGACAGUGAACUCUUUAAUCAAGACGAUUUCCACCUCCUAGAAAAUAUUAUCUUAAAAACUUCAGGACAGAAAAUCAAAUCUCAUAUUCAACAGCUUCGGGUAGAAGAAGAUGUGGCAAGUGACUUGGUAAUGAAGGUGGAUGCUCUCCUGUCAGCUCAACCAAAAGGAGAUGCAAGAAUCGAGUACCAGUUUUUCGAAGAUAGACACAGUGCAAUUAAACUGAGGCCAAAGGAAGGGGAGACGUACUUUGAUGUCGUGGCCGUCGUUGACCCUGUCACCAGAGAAGCGCAGAGACUUGCCCCGUUGCUUUUGGUUUUAACUCAGCUGAUCAACAUGAAUCUAAGAGUAUUUAUGAACUGCCAAUCUAAACUUUCCGACAUGCCUUUAAAAAGCUUUUACCGUUAUGUCUUGGAAGCAGAGAUUUCUUUUACUUCGGACAAUAGCUUUGCUAAGGGUCCAAUAGCAAAAUUUUUGGAUAUGCCACAGUCUCCUUUGUUCACUCUGAACUUGAACACACCUGAGAGUUGGAUGGUAGAGUCUGUCAGAACGCCAUAUGACCUUGAUAACAUUUACUUAGAAGAGGUGGACAGCAUAGUGGCUGCGGAGUAUGAGCUGGAGUACCUGUUACUGGAAGGUCACUGCUAUGACAUCACCACCGGCCAGCCCCCACGGGGACUGCAGUUUACCUUAGGAACUUCAGCCAAGCCAGUCAUCGUGGACACUAUUGUUAUGGCUAAUCUGGGCUAUUUUCAGUUAAAAGCCAACCCAGGAGCUUGGAUUCUCAGACUAAGGAAGGGACGUUCUGAAGACAUUUAUAGAAUCUACAGUCACGAUGGUACAGAUUCUCCACCUGAUGCCGCUGAAGUUGUUGUUGUCCUCAGCAACUUCAAAAGCAAAAUCAUUAAAGUGAAGGUUCAGAAGAAGGCAGACAUGGUGAAUGAAGACUUGCUGAGUGACGGAACUAAUGAGAAUGAAUCUGGAUUUUGGGACUCCUUCAAAUGGGGCUUUACAGGAGGACAGAAGACUGAGGAAGUGAAACAAGAGAAAGAUGACAUAAUUAAUAUUUUCUCUGUCGCAUCUGGUCAUCUCUAUGAAAGAUUUCUUCGCAUAAUGAUGCUAUCAGUACUGAAGAAUACCAAGACUCCUGUGAAAUUCUGGUUCUUGAAGAAUUACUUGUCCCCCACAUUUAAGGAGUUUAUACCUUAUAUGGCAAACAAAUACAAUUUUCAGUAUGAGCUUGUUCAGUACAAAUGGCCCCGGUGGCUUCAUCAGCAGACUGAGAAACAGCGCAUCAUCUGGGGUUACAAGAUCCUCUUCCUGGAUGUGCUCUUCCCGCUGGUUGUUGACAAGUUCCUGUUUGUGGAUGCCGAUCAGAUUGUGCGAACAGAUUUGAAAGAGCUGCGAGAUUUCAGUUUGGACGGUGCUCCCUAUGGUUACACUCCUUUCUGUGACAGCCGCAGGGAGAUGGACGGCUACAGGUUCUGGAAGUCAGGCUACUGGGCCAGUCACUUAUCCGGGCGGAAGUAUCAUAUCAGUGCAUUGUAUGUCGUGGAUCUGAAGAAGUUUAGGAAAAUAGCUGCUGGUGACAGACUCAGGGGACAGUACCAAGGUCUGAGUCAGGAUCCUAACAGCCUUUCAAAUCUUGAUCAAGAUUUGCCCAAUAACAUGAUCCACCAGGUGCCAAUUAAAUCACUCCCUCAAGAAUGGCUUUGGUGUGAAACAUGGUGUGACGAUGCCUCUAAGAAAAGGGCAAAAACAAUUGAUUUGUGUAAUAAUCCAAUGACCAAAGAGCCCAAGCUGGAGGCUGCUGUUCGAAUUGUCCCAGAGUGGCAGGACUAUGAUCAGGAGAUCAAACAGCUACAGACACGCUUUCAGGAGGAGAAGGAAUCGGGAGCACUUCAUAAAGAUGCACUGGCACAAGAACCGAGCCGGGAAGGACAUCAGAAACGUGAAGAAUUAUGAUCUCCAGAGGAGGAUAGGGAAUUACACCAUUUGAAGAACACUUUUUAUAUUAAAUGCUAGUUUUUUCCAAUCUGUCUAUACAACUGCUGAUGAACUGGCUGGGCAGGUGUGCCGCACCAUUCAUUCUGACUCCUGCACGCUGGCGGCUCUGGAUCUCUGGAGUCAAGGCUCCACUGGAUUCAUACCUC